UACAACUUUUUCUCCCUUUCAUUCAGUUUGUUUUAUUGCCGGCCGUAAAGUGAAAACAUAUGAGAAUGUCUCCACAAAGUGUAGCUCUUCCAUUUUUCAUCACCAUGUUUGUCUCAUUUGGGGUUUGUUUUGGCUCUUUCCUAGAGGACACAUAUCAUCUUACUAAUUAUCAACGUUACUCCAUGAAGCCAAAUAAUGAACAUUUUGGUAUCAUGACAAGGGCUUAUGGAUCUACCCCAUCUACAAGAUCUCAAAGAAGGAUUAAUAUUGAUGACUAUGGAGCCAAAGCUAGUGAUGGAAGAGAUGACACUGAGGCAUUUGAGAAGGCAUGGGAUGAGGCAUGUUCUACAGGGGGAAUUCUUGUAGUUCCUGAAGAAAAGAUAUAUCACUUAAAGCCAAUAACUUUUUCAGGACCUUGCCUAACCAAUACUGCCUUCAGGGUCUAUGGAACAAUCAAAGCAUGGCCUAAAAUGUCAACAUACCAAAAUGAUAGACUACACUGGAUUAAGUUUGAAAAUGUCACAAAUCUCAGAGUUGAUGGGGGUGGCACUAUCAAUGGCAAUGGGAGAAAAUGGUGGGAAAACUCUUGCAAAAGGAAUGAAAACCUUCCAUGCAAACCUGCGCCAACUGCUGUGACUUUCUAUCAAUGCAACAACUUGAGAGUGACAAACCUGAGGUUCAAAAAUGCACAGCAAAUGCAUAUAAGGUUUCAAAAAUGCAACAAUGUUACAGCUUCGAAUUUGAUCGUGAGAGCACCGGGGAACAGCCCCAACACUGAUGGAAUUCACGUCACAGAGACACGAAAUAUUCUCAUAAGCAAUAGUAUCAUUGGGACAGGUGAUGACUGUAUUUCCAUAGUAAGUGGGUCCCAAAAUGUACGAGCCAUAGAUGUCAAGUGUGGACCAGGGCAUGGAAUCAGCAUUGGAAGUUUAGGAGCUGGUGACUCUAAAGCUCAAGUGUCCAACGUGUUAGUGAACAGAGCCACCUUUACAGGAACGACUAAUGGAGUUAGAAUAAAGACUUGGCAGGGAGGUUCUGGCUAUGCGAAAAAUGUAAAAUUUGUGAAUAUAACAAUGCGAAAUGUGACGAAUCCCAUAAUUGUUGAUCAAAACUACUGUGACCAGGACAAGCCAUGCCAUGAGAAGGACUCAGCAGUGAAAUUGAGCAACAUUGUAUACCAAAACAUCAGAGGAACAAGUGCUUCAGAAGUGGCAAUCAAGUUUGACUGCAGCAAAACUGUUCCAUGCAAAGGAAUAUACUUGCAAGAUGUGAUUUUAACACCAGAAGACCAUGGUGGUGGUGGUAGUAGCACCAUUGCUACAUGUGAAAAUGUUAGAUAUGUCCAUCGGGGAAAGUUUUUUCCUCCAUGCUCUACUUGAUCAAAAAAGGAAAAAAUAUAUAUAAAUGUUAUUACGAUAUGUCAGUAGGGUAAAGUUAUUAGAAUUGUAAAUAAUAAUAAUAUAUACCAAAUCAGUUUUUUUUUUUUUUUCGGAACUAGCUAGCUAGGCACAAAGGCAUUUACAUGGCAGUCCAAAAGUAAUUGAAAGCAUCAUUGUAAUAUUUAAUAUUUCGUUUUAGUGAAUUUUAAACAUUUCGUGUUGCUUUUA